CGGCACCAUUGGCCAAGAAGUGGGUUAGUUCUUCGGCGACGACUUGCAGCACAUCGCUUACAUAGUGCAUGCAGCUUCUGCCAAAGCACAGACCUUCACAAGACAGCGCUCGAACGGUUCCGUACUCUCUAGUGUCCAUCAAGCUCCCAAGGACGCAACGCGGUGCUUUAGGCGAAGAAAAAAAAUCGCGCGGAUAUUUUUCGAUUUCGAAUUAAAAUGCGUGUGCUCGUAUUAUUCGCUAUGCUGUGCGUGGCAGUGCAAGUUGACUCUCAGUAUUGGAACAAUCCGCAGGAGUUCCUCUCGACGUGGUUCCGACAAGGCAAAACUGGGAACUUAACGUCCGAAAAACCGACCACCACCAUUCUCACCACCACGCCACUGCAAACCACCACCCAAGCUCAGACGGUCACCAUGACUAAAACCACCCCUAGUUGGACUACGGUACCCCUAACAACGCAACAACAAGCUUCCACCACCACAAAAACAACCACACAACAAAAAGCUAAUAUCACUACCACUAGCAGUACUACCACUGAGGCUGUAACUGUGCCGGAAACAACCACCCAUGAGAGCACUGGUACCACCGAGGAACCCAGAGAUAAUCACAGAACCCACGAUUUUUAUUUGAGCAAGCGCGAGAAGCCCCAGGUUAAAAUUGCCACGAACAUAAGUCAGAACCUGCUGCCUCUUCCUGCCGGAGCUAGUGCCGCACUUGUCAAACCCACUAAAUACCACUACUAUCCGCACAAUCAGCACAUAUAUCUUCUACCAGAGUGUGCCAUUCAGCAGGUGUGUAAUGCCGUCUACGUGAGACUGAACUGGACUCAGCCCCUGUGCGCCUGCCCCUCGAGAUACAGGGACCCCUGCUCUGCAUCCCUAAACUCCGAUGAUCAACAUACUACGGAACUCAUGACCGAUAAAAAAUCCAAGAAAGCUCUGACACUGGUGAAAACCUGCGAGCCCACAGCUGAAAUGAGGGUUUGUCGUUCCCCACGCGAUUGGUCACUUUUGGCUCUGCAAAACAUCAGGACUGGAAAGUCCCAUUAUCUGGUAAUCUGCCGAUGCCCCGACAGCAGUGUCCUAGAGGGACCGAUGUCACACGAUCAGCCGACAUACGCCAGCGUGCCCGGAAUUCGAGUUUACGGUAUGAUGUGUGUGGAUGGUAAACGUAGAGGUCGUCCGCUGAGAAAAUCGAGGGCGUCGUUGGAAAAUCCGCCGUUUCCAUGGAAACAAGCGGCCGAACUGGCCGAGUCCGUAUUGUGGGAUUAAACGAUUGUGAUGUUUUGGUUGUUUGAAACAAAUAGCCAAUAAAACGUAUAACCGAAUUUAUUUAUCAAUAUUUAUAAGUAUGCGUAUUAUGUAUCAUAGAUUUAAGGUUAUUUAAAAGUGCGGCUUAAACGAGAUUGUAAUGUUUUUGCUAUAGUUAGAUAAAUUGUUUAGCGUUAAUAUUUAUUUAUUUAAGUUGAUUUCGGCGCCACAUUUAAAACUGACGUAUUACUUAUAAUUUUAACCUACCGCUAAAGUUACAAGUAAUAAAUAAAAAUCAUUAUUUAUUCACAACACAGUAUUUAUUUAUUCAUUUCUAUAUUCCGACUAAAUCCAAUUAAGGAAAUACUUUUAAAUGUGGCUAAAUAUUGGGUAUCAUUCACACAACUUCCCGUUUAUAAAGGCUUGGGUGCUAUCUUUAUUUAUUUUAACCACCAUAACAAUAAGUUAUUUUAGAAUUUUACGAAAUGUGCUUAAUUUUAGUUACUUUUGUAUAUAAAGCUUAUUUAAUAAAUUAUCAAAUAAACUACUGGUAUUUUUUCAAUCAACCUCUAAAUGUAUAUUUUUACUAAUUAUAUUUAUAUGUAUAAGAAG